AUGGUCCACACAGAAGCCUUUUCUCGCCCUCUAAGCCGGAAUGAAGUUGUUGGCUUGAUCUUCAGACUGACAAUAUUUGGAGCAGUCACCUAUUUCACAAUUAAAUGGAUGGUUGAUGCCAUAGAUCCUACCAGAAAACAGAAGAUCGAAGCUCAGAAGCAGGCUGAGAAACUAAUGAGACAAAUUGGUGUAAAGAACGUUAAGCUCACUGAAUAUGAAAUGAGCAUUGCAGCUCAUCUUGUGGACCCUCUCAGCAUGCUGGUGACAUGGAGUGACAUUGCCGGUCUGGAUGAUGUGAUAACAGAUCUGAAAGAUACCGUUAUUCUCCCAAUAAGAAAGAAGCAUUUAUUUGAGAACUCGAGACUGCUGCAGCCACCCAAAGGUGUGCUUCUCUAUGGACCUCCAGGAUGUGGUAAAACUCUCAUUGCCAAAGCAACAGCCAAGGAAGCAGGAUGUCGUUUCAUUAAUCUGCAGCCAUCCACCCUGACAGACAAGUGGUAUGGGGAGUCCCAGAAACUGGCUGCUGCAGUGUUUUCACUGGCAGUGAAACUUCAGCCAUCUAUUAUCUUCAUUGAUGAAAUUGAUUCUUUCCUUCGGAGUCGUUCAAGCAAUGACCAUGAGGCAACAGCAAUGAUGAAAGCUCAAUUUAUGAGUCUGUGGGAUGGACUGGAUACAGAUUAUAGCUGUCAGGUGAUUGUAAUGGGAGCCACAAAUCGCCCCCAAGAUCUGGACACAGCAAUUAUGAGGAGAAUGCCCACCAGAUUUCAUAUCAACCAGCCGUCUUUGAGACAGCGAGAAGCAAUUCUUAAUCUCAUACUGAGGAAUGAGAAUGUGGACCUAGAUGUGGAUUUGACGCAGGUCGCGAGAAAUACCGAUAGCUUUUCUGGAAGUGACCUGAAGGAAAUGUGCCGGGAUGCUGCUCUGCUGUGUGUCAGGGACUGUGUCACGAGUGGCGCCGAGGAAAGCCCUGGUGAGGAGAUACGGCCUAUUCAGCAACAAGAUCUAAUGAAAGCUAUUGACAAAAUGAAGAAAUCGAAGACUGCAACGAACCACGGAGGUUUAAUGCACGUUAGUUUGGAUUGA